CUGUAUAUUUUCAUUUUAUUUCAUUAAUUUCAUUACUUCUUAGUUCUUACUUCUUAGCGCCUAGUAUUCGUACGGCGUACCUACUACCUAGUUGUCGGAAAUUGCACUUUAUCUUUCUACUACUUGGCUUCGUGAUGAAAGUCUGAAGUUGUAGGAUGUAGAUGAUACAGACGUGUUCGCCAACGCUAAAAGUCAACCAGUGAAAAUAGACGCUGCAAGUGUUUUCCGACGGAUUUGCGAUUGUUGUUUUUUUGUAAUUACCUAUUUAAAAUUUAUUUGAGAGUACUUAGUUUGUGUUAUAGUGAAGUACAUUUUUUAAAAGUGACACGGUCGGAGUUUCUAUAAGUAUGUAUUGUAUUGGCAAUCUCGAAUGGCUGAAAUGUAUUUGUUUGAUAACGACACAUAUUUAAUGAUGUCGUUUAACAUAACAUAAUUCUAAUAGUAAUAUUUUGUUGUCAAGAGUGUAUAUUUUAGUGUUAAGGCGAUCAUUCCGUUGAGCGCGUUUGGUACCGUUGCCGUCGGGUUGUCGUAACAUGUCGCUCGUAUCGAUUCGGUUUGGCCUCUGGACGUUUCGCAUAACCGGUGGCCAAGUCACGUAAAAAGAACCGACGUUCCGUUUGUUCGUCGCGUUUCACUUGUGAACUACGUUACGAUUGUGUUUCGGUUACUUUUCAUCCGGUUCUAUUCAUUUAUUUAAAAAAAUAAAUGAAUUAUACGUAUUUCCGUAAUUUUCAAUAUCGCAUAUUAAAUUACCGUUUGUUGUUAGAAUCAUCAAAUCGUAUAAUAUGGUUGUAUAUACUGUAUACUACUUAUCUAAUCACAAAAUGUUGUGAUCGUCUAGAAAAUCGUUAAUCCAAAGUCUACCUAUGUUGUUAUUACUGUAUGUUUACAGUUUAUAAUAUUCCUUUAAAAAAUCAUAACCUUUUGUCAUAAUUCUGGCAGGCUGAAAAUUAUAUUAAUAACUAAUCAAUUGUUUUCUAAAUUACAUAACCAGUAUUACUCUAUUUACAUUUUGAAAAGUAGCUGUAUUUUUUCUAAUUUAAUCAUCUUAAAUGUAUUCGAGAGUUAUGUGGAGAAUAACAGUAAAUAAUACUCAACGUAGAAUUAAUACAAUCUGUAUUUUUAUUCUAAAUUCAGAGUUUGGAUAAUUUUUGAUAUUACAUAACUAUGAUGAGUUACUAUUCUUCACUAUUAUUUGAAAAUAAAAAUACAUUAUCAGCACCUUCUAACUCCAUUAAAUUUCGUUAUCAUUAUUCACUUGCCAUCCUAUAAAUUAAUAUUUCUUGAUCCUUUUCCCUUUUUCGUUCGGCGCUAUCGUUUAUUGAGUCAUGACUCAUCAUCUGGACAUUUAUGAAUCCAAGUAAUUCUGACAGCUCAGCUAUUGGUAUGAACUCAGAAAAUGUCUAGAAAUGAAAGGCUUAGAGUUGACAAAAGAGCCUCGACUAGUCGUGCUAGGUCUAAAGAUUCUCCAAGAAGGGAAUUGGAGAAUGUUGUAAAACGAGCUCGUAGAGAUAAAGAUCAAAGUCAAUAUUGGAUAAAUAAAGUAUUGGAAGCCGAAGAAAAAGAUCCUAACAGGUGGAAACAUUCUGGUUUUAAAGAACUCUACACCGAUAGGCGAUCUAGAUCUAUCAGUAAACGCUCAUCUAGCAGUUUCUCUUCUAGUUAUUCACGCUCAUCAAUGCAUAGAUCAUUAUCACGUAGAAGAAGAAGAAUGUUAUCACGUUCCCCCGAUAUAAGACGUGCACGCCGUUCUUUAUCUAUAAGGCGUGCAUCUCCAUUAUCAAGACGUCGUUCACCUUAUCGUUCUAGAAAAUCUCCAUUAGCUCUUCAUUCUAGAAGAAGACGUAAAUCUUCUUCAGAAUCCCCGGUAGCUAAUGGUUCACGUACAAGACGUUCCCGAUCAUUAAGCAGAAGACGGAGGUCUCCGAUCUUGAAUCGUAACCGCAGAAUUGUUUCACCUCCUCCAAAAAAACGAGGAUCUAGGAAGCACGGCAGAAAACGCAAUCGACACUCAUCUGAGGAAGCGCGUUCGUCCAGCGUAGGCAGUUGUUCAGAGUCUCAUUGUUCAGUGUGUGAGGACGCUAGAUUAUCAAUGGUCAGACGUGAGCCGCCUCCAGAACCAUUGGCUCGACCGAAAUCUCCGAAAAUGGCCAGAUCAAUUCCAAUUCAUGAGCGAUCUAGGUCAAGAUCGUUUUCGGUUCCAAGAUACACACCGGUAGUAGAAGUAAGUUCUACGACUAGUUUAUCUAAAGGAAGUGCACCUCCAGAACCGGCGCCAACAAAAGCUAAGCGUUCUAAGAAAAUCAAAUCGCACAAGAAGAAAAAAUCACAUAAAUCUAAGUCUUCCCACAUCGAAACUGCGGUUUUACAUCAACAAUCAAUAAAAGUGGAAUCCAUGUCCGAUGAUGACUCGAGUAUUGGUGGCUCAGACAUGCCAAUGAGUUCUUCGUCCGGAGCCCAUUUAACUCUUUCUGAACGUUUUAGUAAAAUGGCUCAAAUGGGUCGAGCACACGAGUUACCUCAAAGAAGUCUUCGUGUAACGGCUGGUGACGAUUACAGAGUUGAAAUUGGCUCACCACCUCAUCCGUUUCCUACUCCCGCUAUUGGAUCUUUGCCAGAGGGCACAUCCAUUGAAGACGUCAAAGGUCGUUAUGCUUAUUACAAAGAACAAGGAUAUUUAGGUGAUCUUUCGUUGAGCGAUUACGUCAAAUGGGAGGAAUGGUGGUAUAAAUAUCAAGAUUGGCUGGAAGCGGAAAGAGCGUACGAUGCACAUUUGGAUAGGUACGCUAGAGACAGAAGAUAUAGAGAUGAGCCUCCCAUAUUUUAAUGUCAUAGAGUCCCAGUUCAUUAUUCAGAAGACAACUUGUGUUAAAAAAAAUUGAUAAAUUUAGCAUGGUAUAUACAUGUAUAUAUCUGACCAUAUGAAUCCCUAAUAAUUGCAAAAAUUAAUUAAUAUAAUCAGUUAUAUUAUAUUUACAAUAUUGGAGGCCAGUUAAAAUGCUAAAUCCCAAAAUAAAAAUUAUUCUUACAUAAUUUAUAAGCUCUUUUGUUUGGUUAAUGUUUCAUUAAUCAUUGAGUUAUUGUUACUUUUUUAUAUUUCUUUUACAAAUUUUAAUUAUUUUUUUGUUAAAAACAAAAUAUGUUUCUUUUGAAGUCGUAAUUAUUUUAUCAUUUGAUUUUCAUGUAAAUAGACUAAACUUAUUAUAACAGCCAGUAACUAAGUUUUAAUAAAAGAUACGUAGGAUAUGUUGAAUAAGUAGAUAAUGUGUAAUAUUAAAAAAUACUUAAGUCACCUAAAUACUUUAAACUAAACACAACUAUGUAUUUUAUGUUUAGUGAUUAAUAAUAUUAGAUGAUCCGUUUGUUAUUGAUAAAAUAAUGAUAAUUAUUAUAUACAUAUAUAUAUUACCUAAGAGUUUGAACAUGUUUUUAUUUGUUUAAUAUAACAAGUUACCUCAACUAUUCCUCUAUUUAUUAAAUUUAUAAUUUGUAGACAAGAAAAAAGUUGAAUGAGCAAUUUAAAAGUUAUAUUUUUUUUGUAGGAUGGCACCUAUUAAUAUGUCAUUUUUUCGAACUUUCAGAUGAAUACAAUUACUAUUGUACAGAAUAAUGUAUCCUGAAGUAUUAUCUUUCAUAUUAGGAACCAUAAUAGCUUGAUAAUGAAAGCCACCCACACAUGCCAUAUUAGGCCACUGUAAUACCCAUUUUAAUAUUAUUAAAAAAAUAUUACACUAUAACUGACAAAAAGUGACAUAUUAUUAUUUUUUGCCAUUAGCCAUCCUACCACAGAUUUAAAGCGUGUAAUUAUGAGUAGAUCUAGAUUAAUUGCUUAAAAUGUAAUCAAAUUUUACAAACCUUGCUUAUUUUUGUGCUAUAUUUAUAACAUUUUCUUUUUUUUUUGUAAUUUGAUUAGAAUUUUCAAUUUGUAAUCAUAAACAAAAAAUAAAAUAAAAAUAUAUACAUUUUU